UAAAUAUGGUGCAUAUUCCUCAUUUGAUUGUUGGAGCUGGACCGUAAUACAUUAUAAACUUUUUAGAGUUGGUCUCAUUUUGGGUCAUUAUUUUAAGAGAUUUAAUAUCCCUUUUCAAAUAUUCGAAAAGCAAUCCUAUCUAUCUGCACAUCCUUCAGCUCAUUACUUAAAUAUGAGAACAAUGGAAGUAACAUAUAUCAACUUACCAUUAGAUUCUUGAUGAAUUAAAUAUCCAAUUACCAUUAGAAAAUAUCCAGCAUUUUUAGAAUUAUGUAUAUUUGCGUAGAAUUGGAGAAACCCCUCUUAAUAUUA